AUGAGGAUGCGCGUCGUCCCGUCUUCUUCGUCGUCGUCGUCUUCUUCUUCUCGAAAAGGCGGCGAUUCGGAUGACGAUGAUUUUAACGAGAAGGUUGCCGAAGUGAGCGAAAAUUUGACCACGAACGAAGAAGCGUUGCGAGCGAAGAUUGGACAGUUGCAAGAACGCGUGAAAGCGUUGAGGAGGACUCAAUCGACGCCAAGAAAAGAAAACUUUCCCGCGACCGCCACUGCCGCGGUUUCUGUCGCGGGCGCCGCGGCGAUCGACGAGAGAAGAGGCGGCGCGGCGACGACGAGGAGCGGAGGCGACGAGAGGAGAGAAGGAGAGGGCCAAGGGGCGGAUGUUGAAGGAGCAGUGGAUGCGGAUGGGACGGGUACUUUCUGGGAAGACAUUUUACGAGCGUCCGUGAGUACGUUGGAGGAUAUAUUCAGCGGCGCGUCGUCCUCUUCCUGGGACGAAGACGAAGACGACGUCGAAGAAGAAGAACGAGAGGAAACUUCGCUGACGGUUGGAAUCGAGAAGGGUGCGGAGACCGUGGACGUGGACGGUGGAAAAAGGGAGAAGACGAGAAGAGAUGGUAAUAGUAGCGGUAGUAGUAACAGUGGUGAUAUUGAGGGCAGGAAAAAGAACCAGGACAGCAGGUGGGAAUGGCAAAGACAGUUUGAUACUCCGAAUCAGUUCAUGGGGCAUUUCAAGAAAGCGCCGGCCGAGAAAGGAGAAGAGAAGAGGCUCACUACCACCGCGGCAAAUAGUACUACUACAACUGACUCCACCACUCCAGUGAUAACGACAACUACAACGACGACGACGACAAAAGAAGAAGAAGAAGAAGAAGAUUCAACGAAUGCUGGCUCAAACUGGAUCCCAGACGCGAGCGCGUUUCUUUCGCGUCUUCCGCUUCCGCCUUUGAUCGGAAAUUUGUUUUCUGGAUCAUCUUCAUCCUCGACUGCAACGGCGACUACUUUUGCUGCUAAUGCUGCUGCUGAUUUAAGCAUAGCUGAGCAAAGUGAGGAAGUAAACGCAGAAGACGACGAACGAAUAAUCGAUGAACAACUUCGCGACGCGAACGUAAACGCCGUCGCGGUUGCAAACAACGCCUUGCAAAAAUUAACAGCCGCUAUUCAAGAGAUUGACUUACAAAUCGAUAGAGAAUCGCCGCCACGCACGCCAAGAUCACCAUCAUCACCACCACCACCAUCAACAGCGCAAGAAGGCGGGGCUUUCAUCACCGCCGAAAAUCAAAGUGAAGAGGAUACGUUCAACGAUUUAAAGGAGGCGCUCUCCGAGGCGAUUAAAAAUGCAGACAAAGCAAAAGCAAAGCUUGGAGACGUCGAAGUAGCGGCAAAUGACGUUUUGAAAGUGCGCGAACGCAUCGAAACGUAUCGUCAAAGCGCGACGUAUAAGAAGAACGUUUCUUUGACAUCUUCCGAAAAUGGUAAACGCGGCUUGAGUGAAAGUCAGCCGGAAAAUAUUCAAGCUUUGCGUCAAGCGCUCGAAGCUGCCCAGGUCAAAUUAAAAGAAGCUUCAGCUUCCUCGCGUAAACAAACUGUCGUUGUUGCCAGACAAGUUUUGGUAUUGAGAGAACUUUUCGAGCCAGGAGCACAAAAGUCUGCAGAGAAGAGUAGUGAGAAUGACGCCGAUACCGAUAUUCAACGAGAACAACAACAAGAGGGACUGGUAGAAACGAAAAGAAUCGACGAAGGUUUGUACAGUAAAAUCAACUCGGCUCGUAAAGUAGCCGAAGAUGCGAUUGUUGCGUCGAAUAUUACCGAAACUUUAGCGAAACUAACGUCGUGGCCAGGCGCAAAACUUUCGCAAAUUGUGACGAGGCAACUCGAAGAGAUGGCGGCGAUUGAUGAAGACGCGGAAGAUUUUGUCGGGUCAACAACAUCAACCGGUGAAACCGACAGAAGCGAUAACUUGGAUAGCAUUCUCCAGCCUGCUUUAAGAAACAUGGUUUCCUCGUCCUUAUAUCGAGCGUCCGAAGAAGAUACGAAGAAUGCUAGGAUUGCUUGUUCUCUUUCCUCUUGGAUUUAUAAUUUUCCGGACCAAACGACAAAGGAUGGUUUAACUCGAAACGGUUUGACCAUGUUAUGGAAUUCGCACGAGCACGAAGAAGCUCUUUCGGAGGAUGAAAUUAGUGGCAACGACAGUCAACAACAACAACAACGACUCGUCCAAACCUCGAGUGUUGAGAAUAUCAACUUCACCGAUGCCGAAGCCGCCGACUCGGAGAUGAACAACGCAAUUCUUUUAGAAAAUUUGAAAAAGGAAAGACACAAUCGAGAAGAAUCGAUUCGCUUAGCUUCUGCGGCGGCGGAUGAAGCCAUCAAAGCGUUGGCAUCGGUGAAGAGAAUGCGAGAAUUAAAACCUGACGAUCAAAACGCGGCCGAGGCUGCAAGAAAAGCCACGGAGCUCGCUAAUUUGGUUUCUCAAGAGCUCACCAGAGUUUCGGAGUCUCAGAAAACGUUGAAGAAAGAACGCUCGGCGUUGUUACGCGAAAGCGAGAAAAUAAGCGAGUUACAAAAACAAAGAGCAAAAUCGAAAGCGUCUUCGGAAAACGGAUUACAAAAGAAAAAGAAGAAGAAUGGUAAUAACAAAGAAGCCGGUGAGAAUGCGGUGAUGCCGGUGAACUAUUGCGUGGGCGUAGACAAGGAAAACGCAACGUUAUGGAUUGUCGUCGAAGGAUCGACCAACUUUGCCUCGUGGCAAACCAAUUUAACUUGGACACCCACGACGUUUGAGGAUAAAGAAAUCAGAGUCCAUCAAGGAGCGUACGCUUGCGCGCAAAGAAUGUACGAUCGCGUUGAAAAAUUGUGUAAAGACCAUUUGAAGACGUUUGGCUCUAAGAAGGCUCGGAUAAAAUUAACUGGUCAUUCAAUCGGUGGAUCUCUGGCGUAUUUGCUCGGUCUGAUGCUCAUUCUGAGAAAUGGAGUUCCUCGAUACGCGCUCGAUGAUAUCUGGACGUUCGGGUCGCCGUACGUUUUCGAUCGCGGUGCGGAAGAUUUGAUGCAAAGGAUUGGGCUGCAGCGAGAUUUCAUUAAAGGCGUCAUCAUGGGCAAAGAUAUCGUACCUCGAUCGUUUUCGUGCUAUUAUCCUCCGUGGACGCGUUCUAUUUUGGGCUCGGCUCCCUGUCCUCGGCCGUUCAAAUGCGUGAACAUGCCUACGCUCUUAAACGAAGAAAUGAUGUACGCACCUUUGGGUGACAUGUAUCUUUUACAACCCGUACACGGUUCGGCGCAUCCACUUUUACCAGAAGGACCGGGAUUCUAUAAGCUCCAAGGAGAAGAAAUGUACGACAUAAUCGCCGCUAAAGCUCGCGAAAGUAGUUCGAUAUCGACGAUGAGUCUAGAUGCGAGUUUCGACGAAGAAUCGCAUUGGCUCGAUGCGCAAAAAGACGAGCGUAAACUUGAUUUUUACGCCGAUGAAGUAGCUCAAACGCGAGGGUCAACAACAACUUCAACGACGAAGACUCUGUCUGAGAAUUUAAACAAGAUUGCGUGCUUAACGCAAGCGGAUGCAGCAUUAACGGCGUCCUUGAUCAUUUCCCAGAUUGAUAGAGAGCUCUUGACCAAAGCGAAAGAAGGCGUCGGCGGUGAUCUAUCGGUGAUAAUGCGAGAACAAACUCGAGAUGCGGCGCAGAGAGUGAUACUCAACACGCCACAUCCACUCACAGUUUUGUCGGAUCCGAGAAGUUACGGUUCGCAAGGUUCAAUCAGUCGUCACCAUAAUCCGUACUCAUAUCAAAAAGCUUUGUCCAGAGCUGCGAAAGCUUCGGCGGGAGAAAAUAAAGAAUAUUCAUAA